CGACAGAGCCCAUGACUCCUCCCACGACAUGACAGACCCAUAACACACAACUCCUCCCACUAAAUGACAGAUUCAUAACUUCUCCGAGUCCUAGUACCGCUACAUUACCGCCCCCACGACCAAUACAAUACAGCCCAAUGACCCCGCCCAUUACACAGUUCUACACCGUUCUGAUGACAGGAAUAGAACAUGUCAUGUGACUGGUGUUUACUUCCAGCACCCAGGUUCUACUGUCAUUGGCUGAGCUCAUACCACGUGACACACCAGGAAGCCGCACGGUGCUCAGUGUGGAGGGAAUUUUGUCCCGAUCUCACCGAUCUGUGAGAGCUGCUGCCAUAGUUACCGGCGGGCUGACCCUGUGGGCGACAUGUCCGGCUAUCAGCUGGAGGCUACGGAUGGCAGCGGAAGGCACAAUAUCCCUGUGGGGGAGACUGUCCUAGGAAGAGGAGCCCUCCUGGGUAUCGCAGAUAAGAGAAUAUCCAGGAGCCAUGCUGUCCUUGAGGUGGUGGAUGACAAGCUCCGCAUGAAAUCAAUACAUGUAAAUCCUUGUUUCUAUCAAGCCAGUGGGAAAAGCACAUUUGAACCCUUGCAAAGAAAUGAAUGGCGUUGGCUGCAUCCUGGUGACUGUAUUGCUUUCCUGCCAGACAAAUACUUUUAUAGAGUAAUUGCAGAGAAUCUAUCAGAGGACGCCACAUUGAGGAAUAGUCAAGGAUAUGAUGAAGAAUGUGAAUUAAAUGAAAACUCCCCCUGCCCUCCAGUAAAUCCUGAAACAUCAGCAAAAUCUUUUCUACAAGAGCCUUCGUCACUGUCAGCAACAAGCAACACUAAGAACAAUGGAAAGCUCUGCAACGAUGUGCCUUCGGCUGUCACCUGUCAAAAUGACGUAGAACCAGCAAAACCUGCACAGAGGAAACGUGUUCUUCCAAACUGGAUGUUGCAGGGAGAUCUUCCACUUCAGGCUCUCCCAUCCCAUGUUCUUACAGCAGUGAAAAAGAAGAGGAUUGUAACACAGAGGACUCAAACAACACCACAGAGCUCAAAGGAUGAAGACAGUUCUGCAAAAAGACCAUCAGCGGUUUCAUUGCCAACAACCUCUGCUACUUUGAAAAAAACAGUCACUCCAGGAAAUUUACAGAAGGGUCAUGUGGUAGACAAUGAGGAAGUAAAAAUGGAAGAGGACUACACCCAAACACUUCCAUCUUCACCACCUAGUAACAUUAGUCCACCAGAAAGUCCUUGUGCGUCAGACAACAAGCCUUCGGCCUCUAGAGCAGUCAGCAAUGACAAUAUCAGCCUUAGUCCAGUGUCAUCCCAGCAGAGCCAACCAUCCCAGAAGAAGAGAACUCCCUGCAUGUAUGGAGAGAAAUGCUACAGAAAAAACCCUGUUCACUUCCAAGAAUUCAGUCACCCAGGAGAUAGCGAUUACUGUGAUGUAGAGAAUGGGAGUCAGGAUGACAGUGAUGACAGACCGGAGUGUCCCUAUGGUACAGAUUGUUACAGAAAAAAUCCACAGCACAAGCUGGAAUACAAGCAUACUAAACCACCAGGGAGAAAGCUAAGGAAAAGGAAUCCUAAAAAAGCUAAAAGAAGUGCUUUGGAUGGUGACAGUGAUGACGACGGAGAAGGAAAUGAAUAUGAUUUGGAGGACAGCUUCAUUGAUGACGAUGAGGAGGAGGAUUUUGACUUCACAGAUGAAGAUUCAGACUGGAUGCCGGAUUCAGAGGAUAAAAACAGUGAAGAUAUGAAGGAUCUGCUAAGGGAAGCAAAACAGUUUGUUAGAGGGAAACGCUGAUUUACAGUUUUGAAGACACAGCUUUCUGCAAUCUAAUAAUAGGCUGCUUCCUUUUAUUUUCAGUGUUAAAAAAAUGCUGAUAUUAUAAAAGUAUAUAUAUAUAUAUAUUUUAUACUUACUCUCUAAUAAUAAAGUUAAGGAACAAAGCUUUAA